AUGAGACUGUAUUCUCUUUUCAGGUCUGGUCUUCUUUUAGUUCUACUGUGUCUUUUCAUUGCUGAAGGCAAAAAGGCAUCCUCAGGCAAGAACAGCUGUCGAAAAGGAAUGAUCUCCAAAGUGACAGAGAACCUAUAUGUCAAGGCAACUACUUUAAAAGCAUCUAUUCCAAAAGAUCUCAUCAAGAACAGGAGAUUGUUAAAAAAGACAACCAAAAAGUUGUUUAUGAAAAAUUGCAGCGUUCGAAAUCAGCUUCUCUCAUUCUAUGUGAAAAAUGUUUUUGGAGGUCUUGGUAUUGGAAGUGACAAGGUGUACAUAGUUAGCGCCUUUCAGACCCUGCAGGAGAACCUAAGCAACUGUCUACCGUGUGCUCCAACCACUAGAAUAACUACGGCUGUCAAAAAAAUAAAGAAAACGUUUGAUAAGCUUGGAGAAAAGGGCAUCUAUAAAGCCAUCAGUGAACUUGAUAUUCUCCUUCCCUGGAUUCAGACUUACAUAGAAACCAUCAAAUAAAAGUCAAGGAAAGUGACACAAGGAAAAUGCCACCAUCCUGUGCACGCUAAUCAAAACAGAAAAGCACUGCAAGUCAUCAGAAAGAGGAUUAUGCAAUCAGCCUGGCAGCAAUUGUAUCACACUGAAAAAGCGGUUUUGGUCCAUAAUGUCGUCAAGGCUGGGGUUUCCAAGAGCGCUCAGAGUUGGUCUAACUGUUCCCACUGAAGUCAAUGGUGGGAGAAAAUUCAGGCCUACUGGAGCACUUUUGAAAGUCCCACCCAAAGACCAUACAUUCCAGUAGCAGAACCAGCAAAUUAGUACAGUACCACUGGCAGCUGACAUAGCCCUUGCUAGUACUUCACUCAUUGCUUUGUACUUCGGGAUAAAGCGCUAUAUCUAGUGAUUUUAGUUUCAGCACAAGUGGUUCUAAUUACCUCACUGGCAUUUGUCUUUAAGACUUACUUUUGUGCUUUGUUACAGAU